AUGUCGCAAGCCGAAGUAAAUUCGGCAAUUCAGACCGAAGCUUCCUCUCUCAGCGCCAGACAUCAAAGGCUCCUCUUCCUCUUCCUUCGAAAUUGGCUUACGAGAGACAUCGAUUCCAUCGCAGAUCACUUUGCUACCUGUAAGAUCAUGGCCGUCUUCUAUCGUGUCAAUACUUUGCCAAUUGCGGAUUCUGUCUUUCCCCUUAUGGGGAGCGUCCAUUCGCUGAUAAGUAAGGGCAGAGGAGCUGGAUCUGGAUUAAUUGCAACGAUUUGGUCCAAACUCGACACGCUCGUAAAUUGUGCCCUGUUCGCUCGCCAGUGGUUCUUGGAAGAGAGGGCCGAACUCAAUGGUAUGGGCGCAUGCCAAGAAGGAGGUUGGACAGGCAGACCAUCGUCAGUGCGCAAUCUUUGCAAGAGCCGCCGGAGUAUAUAUUCCACUGACAUUGCUAUAACGCCUUGGCUUCCGAAAAUGCUCAAGCAUAGCCAUAUCACUGUAAUCGCUGUGACUAUAAUUAUGAUUAUAGAGUCAGUGAUUAGUGACUAUAAUCAGUAA